CCAUCAUCUCCAUCACCAACAUCACCAUCUUCAUCAUCCCCAUCAUCUUCAUCCCCAUCAUCAUCACCACCAUCGCCAUCAUCACCAUCUUCAUCAUCCCCAUCAUCUUCAUCCCCAUCAUCUUCAUCAUCCCCAUCAUCUUCAUCAUCCCCAUCAUCCCCAUCAUCUCCAUCCCCAUCAUCUCCAUCCCCAUCAUCUCCAUCCCCAACAUCUCCAUCUUCAUCCCCAUCAUCUUCAUCACCAUCAUCUUCAUCACCAUCAUCUUCACCACUAUCUUCAUCAUCACCAUCACCUUUUUCAUCACCCCCAUCACCAUCACCUUCACCACCAUCAUCGCCAUCUUCACUGUCUUCAUCACCAUCUUCAUCACCACCCUCAUCAUCCACCAUCAUCAUCACCAUCAUCUUCACCACCAUUACCUUCAUCACCAUCAUCACCAUCUCCAUCAUCACCAUCAUCUCCAUCACCUUCACCACCAUCAUCACCAUCUUCCCCGUCAUCUUCAUCACCAUCAUCAUCAUCCACCAUCAUCUUCACCACCAUCACCUUCAUCACC